CACAUCUCGAAAUAAUUUGAUUUUAGUUUCAGUAGCAGCUUACAAGUUGCUCCAGCACGAUUUCAGACAAACAUAACCAUGAAGGUGUCCAAAAAAAUUUCGCCUUCAACUUUAAGUGUGGUUGUGAUACAGAUAAUAUUGCUAAAUUCUAUCUCACAAAAUAAUGUCCACUCUCAGGCGUCCAUUCCAACACCUGAUACUGAUAGGGUGGCUUCUCUACAACGGGAGAUUAGUGAAAGCCUAAAAUCGCUGGAUGACGCAAUCAGGGAACUGACUGAAAAAUUGGCUCAAGUUACUGCUCUUAAAUUACAGUUGGAGGCUAGCUCAUUGCCGACCCCCAUUGAAACGACGACAAAUAUUAAUCCAGCUGCCGAAGCAAGUACACAGCCGAUAAAUAUUUCUGCUUCCGAUUCAAGUGUUCCGCUCGAACAGAAAACAAAUGAUGAUUCAACUUCGAAAGCAACAACAAUUUCUACUGUUACGACCUCGUCUCCACAAAUAACGACAACUUCACCAGUAGACCCGGAAGGGGAAGAAAACUCGAAGAAUCCACCCAAGCCAACUGAAGACGAAAUUUCUCCUAGGAAAGAUGACAAUGUGGCGGCUACUUCACCUGCAUAUGGACAAGAAUCAGAUUUGUCUGCAGGUACGGUGAACCCCAGCUUGGAGCCAAAUUUGCAGGCAACGACAAGUUCUGAACCGAGUGUAUCGCCAACUUCUGCAGGCCCAAAUUUGCCACCAACUUCGUCAGAGGCUAGUUCAUCACCUGCUUCCGCAGACUCAAACUUGGCGCCAACUUCUGCAGACCCAAAUUUGACGCCAACUUCGUCAGAGGCUAGUUCAUCACCAGCUUCCGCAGACCAAAAUGUGCCCCCAACUUCCCCGGCUGCAACAAAUCCAAACACAAGUCCUUCAUUUCUUGCUGACCCCACUAAUUCUGGUACAUCCCCAAUUCCAGUCGAUGCCCCUGACACUCCUCCUGAAAAUAAUUCUCAAAGCGAUGACAGCAACCAAGGAAAAGCUAGUCCCAAAAAUUACAAUCCAUCCCCAAUCCUUAACACGGACGCAAAUACGACACAAUCCGACUCCUGUCAAAUUGAAAAUGAACCAAUAACUGUCCCCUAUACGCUGACCAAAUACACGAAUGGAGGAAUGCUUACAGGAUUCAUGAUCCAAUUCGGAAACAUUCCAAAUCCUGAUUCCCAGAACCAAGUGUCGCCUUCCGUUUUUCUGAACGGGAGAAAGUUUGCCUGUAUCUUGAAAGAUGUCCUAGCCAAAUCUGGUAUCCAAUUGGAAUCACAAACUACACCAGCACCCCAGAGCACCACUCCCCCUCAGCAAAACCAAUAUCUACCUCCCACCAAUAGCCCUCCCACCCGGAUGAACCUCAAUCUCAACAAUGUUGACUAUAAAAACGAAAUAUUUUCCGGAAUGCCGUCUUCUUGUGAGCUAAAGAAGCUGGAAAUUAAUGGUGGCCGAUGCACACAAGCGACUCCGCUCCCCCCAUCGCUGGAAAGUUUGGAAAUGCAAAAUGUGAAGAUGGAUCCCCCUACGGCGUCGCAAAUGAGUCAAUCCAUCCGAAAUUGUGAAAGGUUACAAAGAUUAAAAUGUGCAAAUAUUCCGACACAAUUUUCCAUGGCGGACAUUCCAAGUCAAAACUUGCAAUCUCUCUCCAUGCAAAAUACGGGGCUGAACUACUCGCCAAAUGUAAAUUACCCUAGGUGCAAAAAUGCACGGAUGGACUUACGUCAACCCAACAGAAACAUGGCAAACCAGAUGGACCGAAUUUUUCCAAACUUGCAAAAUGCCAUGAUUCAAGGCAAUAAUCCGGAAAUGGUGGAAUCUACGUUUAGAGCUCCGAAUUUGCAGAGGAUGUGUUUCCCGAGCGGAAAUUAUGGCCCGGGUCAGUUUAGAAAUCCAGUAUUAAACAAUGCGGUGGAAAGUUGCGGGGAGUAUCGACAAUAUCGAGAUGAUUAUUGUCAGAUGAGAAGAAACAAUCGGGAGCGACGUUGGGUAACGAAUACGCUGAGAAGAAAUGAAAUUGGGGAAGAGAGGGGAAGACAAGAAUUUCCGCAAGUUAACAACAAUUUUCGCCAAAUUCCUAGAACCACGACGUACUGGGGGGUUCCGGGGAUUGUAUUUCCGAAUUUUGAUUAAAAAGACAAUUUCAUGAAAAUCUUUACAAUACGUUGCUUUUCCUUCAUUAAAAAUGUUUUAUCUAAUUGCAAAAAUUAAUCCUUAAGUACUUACUCUGAUCAAACUCGACAAAUGUGUCGAUUAAAUUGUUAUCUCAUAGUCAGUUCCCUAUUCCUGUACCUUCAGUUCACUGUACUUACAGUCCAACCCUUCUCUAUAAUUUUUUAUCUGUAAUAUACAUUUUUUGUCAAUCAAUUAAAACAAACCAACUUUAUUAAAUAGCUCCUUA